AUGUCUGGAGAAUAAAUUAACCUUUGUCAUGAACAUCAGUAAGAAUUUGUUGCUCUAGAAAAUGGAGAAAAAGAGAUGGAAAAAAUAAGAUUAUGUCUAAAAUGCUUAGCAAAUGGGUAUAAGAGGAAAGUUAUUUUGAUAAAAGAAUAGAUUAAAAAUGUCUAGAAUUUAAAAUCAAAACUUAGUCAAGAAAGAUAAGAAUAAGUCAAAGAAAAUUUAUAAUAAGUGGCAGGGUUGAUAGAACAUAUUUAAAAGCUCAAAGAAUUCUAUAUUAGUUAGAUAAAGUCUAUUGAUGAGCUUGGGGAAAUUUGGAAGCAGAAAAUUCAGAUUAUGGGGGAUUCUUUUAUAGAAUAGGUCAAUAAACAAGAAGAAAGUGAUCAGGAAUAAUUUUUAUAUUUUGUUAAUCAAUUGUAAAAUACUCAAAUUCAGGAAUUAUUUGAAUAAAAAAUUAAAAUUGAAAAAGAAAUAUUUUCGCUCAAAGAACCAGAAGAUUUGUUAAAAUGUGAUACAAUUUUAAAAGCUAUUCAAUAUGACACUAAGAAAAUUGAUGUAGAAACAAAGGAGGAGGCUUAAGAGAUAAUAGUAAUAUAUUAAAGAUUAAUUAGAAAUUAAAUAUAUUUUGUGAAGAACAUUAAAAUAAGAGGGUUAAAUUAUUCUAUUUGGGGACAGAAAAUAGAAUUUAAAAGCGCUUGGCUUGUUUAUAAUGUUUUGAUAAUCACCCUUCAAAAGAUUAUCAAACAGUGGAUAAAGUUCAUUCAAAAUGGAAUAAAAUUAUAUAAAAGCGGCAAGAGAACAUGAAAAGGAAUUUACAAACAAUAUAAAAAAACGUGGAAUAAAUAAAUGAAGAUAUGCAAUCAAUGUAAGAAUCCAUUAAAUAAUCCUUUGAUAAAAAUCGUUAGAAUUUAACCUAAAAUUACAAUUAAUAUAUAUCAGAAGUUGAAUAAUGUAGUAGUAAAAUGAAUGUUAAAUGGUAAUAAUUAUAAAAAGAGGAAAUACUCAAUAUAGUUGAAGAAUUGAGUAAUACAUAAUAAUAAUAAAUAUCUAACGAUCCACUAUUAUAAAAGUAUGUUACUUAAGAGGAAUUAGUAAAUGAAAUUAAGAAAAAUCAACUUUUGUAUUUAUAAUAAUGUUAAUUGACUGAAAUUCGCAAAUUAAACAACCCUCUCUUCUAAAAUUUAAUUAUUGAUGAAAUGGCAACACAGUUUUAAAAAAUUUUACCAAAUUAGAAUGGUAUUUUCAAAACUAGAGGUAGUUCUACUUAGAUACAAAUGGAAGUAUAAACAAAAGUUAAAAUUAAUAGUUAAAAUUUCAUAUAUAAUUUAAUGAAAGAAAGCUCAGUUAAAGAAGAGCAAUCAUGUCGUGCAAUGGCUUUUAAUUAAGAUUGUUCGGUAGUAUUCGUUGGAUGUAAUGAAUAAAUACAGGUAUAUGAAUUUAGAUAGGAAAGGUUAAAAAAAAUUCAAACUCUUAGUGUGCAUGAAAGUAGUGUUGUCACUGUAAAUUUUAUAAAAAGGUCGAAUUAAUUUAUAUCAGGAAGCGAAGGAGAUGGUUAGAUUAUAAUUUGGUCGCUGAAUGACAAUAAGGAAUGGUUUAUAUCCUAAAAGUUAAACAAACACUCUACAGGAAUAAGAUGUUUAAUAGUGAAUGAUAGUGAAGAUAUAAUUGUAUCAUGUGGCCUUGACGAUAAACUUGUUUUUUGGAUCAAAAAGAAUUAAUGGAUUUCAAAAUAAACAAUUAAGAAAUAAGGUGUAUAUGGAUUAAGUAUAAAUUAACAAUAGAAUAAAUUGAUUUCAUGUGUUUAGGAAGAUUAAAUAGCAAUAUUAGAAUUUUCAAUAUCAGAAAAAAUUUGGGUAACAAAACAGUAAAUACCUUUAUAACAGAAAGGAAUAAGAGUAUGCUUUAUUGAUGAUAAUUAAUUCACAAUUUAAACAUAUUAAAAUGAUAUUUUGGAUUUCUAUGAAAUGAAGAAUAAAGAUGAAUUUACUAAAACUAAAGGAAUUAAAGUUUUGAAAGGUUAAUAGGAUGAAUGUCCUUUUUUCCCUUUAUAAUAUAUAAAGUCAUAAAGUUUGCUUGUUAGUAAAAAUUGUUAAUAUAUAAAUAUUCUCAAUAACAAGCAAAAUGGAGAAUUUAUACUUUAGCAAUCCAUAGAGUUUCAAAGUAGUAAAUUAUAUGGAUGCAUGAGUGAUGAUGCAUAGUACCUAAUAACUUGGGAUGAUGUAUCAAAAGAAAUACAAAUUAGAAAAUACUAAGAAUUGUGAGAG